CCCAAUUCGGUCAAUUUUUUUGUAGGUGUUGUUGUAUAAACUUGCACGAAACUUCAGAAAUUGCUUUUACAAAUUGACAAAUAAAAUAGGCAUUAUUACACUAUUACAGUCGUUAACACUUAGUAUUCGAUGAAUUCCAAAAUUCAAUUUUAUCUGUUUGUCUGCAUAUUUUGUUUAGCAUUUACUUAUGUAAAUACUAAAAGCAGUCCUCUCACAAGACCUCAGCAAAUUGAAGUUAGGACUGAACAAGAUGCUUUGAGAAAACCACAGGAUAUUGAAGUAAGAGACAACUAUCCAGGUCUAACAGCAAUUUUGGGAGCUGGCGCGACAGUUCUUGAAAGUGUGGUAGCUUACAUCUUAGGUCAAGGUUCAAUCGAUGAUAUAACCUCGGCUAUUCAAGGGGUCUUCUUCCAGAUACAAAAAAUGAUUAGUAUUCAAGGAUUAGUUGGACAAAUUCCGAUGUUCGGUUUUAUUCUUCAGCCCUUGGUUGGAAUUAUAGCAAUGAUUAUGUCGAAUACUCCAAUGUUGGGUGGGCUUAUUUCGUUUGUUUUGGUAGGACCGAGUGCCUGAUUUUGAAAAAAAUAGGUCUUCUCGAAAGGUUGCUGUUAAUAAAAUGUUUCUAGUCGC